AAGGAGAGCGCUCAAGCGGGCCGCAGUGUGACAUCCUCCAGGAGGAGUUGAGGCUUGAUCGUUGCCUUUGGGGGGUGGAGGGAAGAUCGAGACCUGACGCUUAGAAAUGCCCGUCCCGUUUCAUUUCCUGAGAUAAAAGAUCCUCUCCCGACCUCCCUUCUUUUUUGGCUUUCUGUGCUGCUGGGUUGAGUCAUUAUUGACACAAGUAAUGCAGUAGAGCAAAAAUCCAUUUUUAAUUGGCUGAUAAUGAGAUAAGGAAGGGUAUACCCACUCUCUACAGUUGGGAGAGGAAGACUGUCCCACAGAAGUAUUCAUUCUUAUCAGAUACUUACAAAACAGAAUUUCUGCAGGACGACUUUAUAUCUGGGUGCCACUGAAAGUGCAGGCAAGCAUAUGCUUGAAGCGUGCAACAAUAAUCUGGAAAUGGCUGUCACUAUGUUCCUUGAUGGUGGAGGGAUAGCAGAGGAGCCCAGCACUAGUUCUGCAAGUGUAUCAAACCUUCAACCACAUGCAGAAGAUGAAGUAAGAGCACCUAUUCCUCAAAAACAGGAAAUUCUGGUAGAACCUGAGCCUUUAUUUGGUGCUCCAAAAAGACGCAGACCUGCUCGUUCAAUAUUUGAUGGUUUUCGGGAUUUCCAGACAGAAACAAUUCGGCAGGAACAAGAGUUGCGGAAUGGAGGAGCAAUAGACAAGAAACUCACCACCCUUGCCGAUCUCUUCAGGCCUCCAAUUGAUCUGAUGCAUAAAGGAAGUUUUGAAACGGCCAAGGAGUGUGGUCAGAUGCAGAACAAGUGGCUCAUGAUUAACAUACAGAAUGUGCAAGAUUUCGCCUGUCAGUGUCUCAACCGUGACGUUUGGAGCAACGAGGCUGUGAAAAACCUUAUCAGAGAGCACUUCAUUUUCUGGCAGGUGUACCACGACAGUGAGGAAGGACAACGAUACAUACAGUUCUACAAACUAGCAGACUUCCCUUAUGUGUCUAUCCUGGACCCUAGGACAGGACAGAAGCUAGUUGAGUGGCACCAGCUAGAUGUAACUUCUUUUUUGGACCAAGUGACUGGGUUCCUAGGUGAGCAUGGACAACUGGAUGGACAUUCCACUAGCCCUCCCCAGAAGCGUUCUCGUUCUGAGAGUCUCAUUGAUGCGAGUGAAGAUAGCCAGUUGGAAGCUGCCAUCAGAGCAUCUUUACAGGAGACACAUUUUGACUCUGACCAGGUCAAGCAGGAAAGCAGAUCAGAUGAAGAGUCUGAAUCGGAGCUUUUCUCUGGAAGUGAGGAAUUUAUUUCUGUUUGUGGUUCUGAUGAUGAUGAGCCAGAGAAUCCUGCCAAGUCUAGGAAAUCUCCACAUAAGGAUUUGGGCUGUAGAAAAGAGGAAGGCAGAAGGCCCCAACCUGAGCCCACAGCAAGGACUGAACCAGAGGUGGUAACAAACCACCGAGGACUAUCUUGCAUGGAUUCUGGGGUAAUAGAGGAGAUUGGGGCUAAGCCAGAAGCAGCAGUGAAGGAAAUUAAUGUGAACGGACCAAAGGCACAGCUAAUGCUAAGGUAUCCAGAUGGGAAGAGGGAACAAAUUUCACUGCCUGAACAAGCUAAGCUUCUGGCUCUCAUCAAACAUGUGCAGUCAAAAGGAUACCCCAAUGAACGUUUUGAACUCCUCACCAACUUUCCUCGAAGGAAACUUUCCCAUCUGGACUAUGACAUCACAUUACAGGAGGCUGGUCUUUGUCCUCAAGAGACUGUCUUCGUGCAGGAAAGGAAUUAGUACUCCCAGCCUUGCCCACCCAUGUUAUCUUUGCCUACAAUAUUAACUCACCAGUGUGUAGUUGGCUCCAUGGGAUUACAGAGCUGAAAUCAGGCAGCAGUUUGCUGGCUUCUCUUUUCUCUCCCUCCUUUCAUGCUACUCUUAGCAAAUGAACCAUAUGGAAACAACAGGAUAGGUUUGCUUGGCUUUGACGCUGGAGGAAGGCAUGUUUGCUGUAUCAAAAUCAGAAGCGCUGUCUGUAUAUCAAGCAUGCUGGGGGCACUGAACAGCCAGAAUAAGAAAAGUUUCUCAUUCCCCUCAGAAAAAAAGAAAUCUAUUUUCUUUAAUAUAUUUUAUUUUCAACCGGUCACAUGACCAAAUAUUGUGGGUUUCUUUAGAGAAACAUUUCAGCAUGCGCUGACUGCAUUGAGAAAGCUUUUAGUCCCCACUGCCAUGUGCAGGAUUAGGUUUUCAGCAUGCAAUAACAAACAAGUUUUUUCCCCCCUGGGGUACCAACAUAUGCUGAAAACCAAAUAUUUUGUGCGGUGGCAAGUGCACACAACUGACUUGCCACAGGUUGGCAUGCACACAGGCUUUCAACGCAGUUAGCACAUGCCCAGAUGCUUAUGUCAAAAGUCUUGUCCACAUGUGGAGAAAAAAAUGGAAACAGCUGAAGAUCCAUUGCCCAUUGUAGCCCUUUGGGAGUCAUCACGAGCACAGUUCCCAGAAAGGCGCAAAAUGAACCACCUUAGAACAUAUGUUUGAGUUUAUUUGUAUGUGUUCCUUUUGUUGCAGAUGGGAUGAGUUGCUUUAAAAGAAGGUGAUGUAGUCAGUAGGUCUAGUAUAAUCUAACCGUUGUGCUCCUAACCCUCUGUGCUUGGUCUAUAGCUUCAGGGCUUCUUCUUUCCUUGUCACAAUUAAAACUGGGGGAAUGCGGGAUUGAUUCUCCUCUUCUGUCAGGAUUUUACCAUCAGUGGAAUAUGACAAGGUACUGACCAUGAAUGUAAAACUUAUUAAACCUCUUCUGUCAUAACUCAAAAGCUGUUUUCAUUAACUGUACCUUUCUGGAAUUAUGUCAACACUGGGCUUCAGUGUAUUUGUACAGGUACUCGGCUCUAAGGAAAGCCUUUCUCUUGUGCUCUUCUGUUAAUUUAAAAACGCUUAGUUAAAUUAAGAUGCUAACAACAUAAAAUAAGAUAGUUUCAAGCAGUAAUAUUGGUGUUCUUGAAGCUCAAGUUGUUCAGACAGCUACUUGCCACUAUUUGUUGUAAUUGUCCAUUUAAUUACGGUAGGUAUGGUGUGGCUUCCUCGGCUUGGUAAAACUUGCUGUAAUCGAACCCCAGUUCAAAAGAUGGUUAUAUUGUUGCCACACACUUGAUAAGGUCCCACAAGGAUCAUUCUUGCAGAUUAAAAUGCUUAUACUACAUUGUACAGCGGAAAAAAUUAACCCCUUGCUUCUCUAAGGUGUUGGUGGAUAUUUGACCACAAAGGCCAUAAUUAAAGAACCACACUGUUGGCAGUGUGUAAAUUCACAAAUAAAGUACAUUAACGGAGUCAUACUUGAGUGCUGGUUAAGAAAUCUAGCUUUUGACAAACCCCCGAAGCUUCUUUUAAAAAAAACACCAGUGCCAGCAUACAUUUGAUUUGCAUAGUUGAUGAUCUUAGCGAAGGAUGAAAGGCAAAAUUACCUGUUAAAACUAAAAGUGUAAAGUCAAAUAAUUGCCUGGUUAGUUACUAGUUUGUAAAACAGAGACUCACACACUCACCCUAUAUAUUUGUAAGGUGCAUGUUACUCUGAGGAGAAGAUGCUGUUUGCACUCUACUGCUUUGGUUAGAUUGCAAAGUGCAAUUAUGGAAAGAGAACUGAAUCCAUUGGGUGUCAUACUCAUAAUAGGUCCAAUGGGUUGUGUCCAAUGUUAGAGUAGAUGCAUUGACAUUAAUAGACAUGGCUAACUUAGGUUCAUUAAUUUCAGUGAUUCUACUCUGAGUAUGACUUGGUUGGAUAAAAUUCUGCCAAGUUGUAAUAGUAUUGCUUUGUCCUCACCCCCCGUCCCAUAGUCAACACCAACUUAUUUAUUCCCCAGCUAAACCUUUUAGGCAUUGGUUAGUGCAAGCCUUUCACUGCUUACUGACCAUAACCGUUGCAUUCAUUCUAAGUACACCAAGCAUAAGGAGCCUUAUGUGCAUUUCCCACUCUCUUUUCACCAGCAGUAGGUUGGCCCUUUCCUCAGAAGAUUUAAUUUAAAGCUGGCUUGUAUCCAGUGGUGGCUUUGCUUUAGCAGAAGUGCUUCCACUUGUGGAAGUUGGGGCACCUGAUUUUCACUGAUGGCCCUUACCCUUCUAAGUCUCCCCAGAUGCUGCUUAUGGGGUUGGGGAACCCUCCAGAACAGAGUGGGGCCUGCAGUAUGUAAAGGAAUUGAUGAAAACUCGGUAGCCAGACUUGAGCUAGCAGAAGCACUGUCUGCUAAGCCAUUGGUUACAAUCCACUGCUUUUAGAUGGCUUUUACAAAAUGCUUUGAAAUGGGUUAGGUAAGCGUUCUUUUGGUUUUAGUCAUUGUUAGUCAUUAAGCUAGGCAUCUUUCGGCAGUUUACUUCUUAUGCAGCAUCUUUCAAAGUGCACAAGUGACUUGCAUGGUUUCUGAAUGAUCAGAUCCUACUGAAUGGAUUGUAACAUCUAGGGAGUAGACAAUUUGUGCAAACUCUUGCUGUCCUUAUUCCACAUAUCAAGCUCUAAAGAGAGACUGAGAAUGGGGCAUGGGGGUGGAGAGAUUGAGUUUCUGAGGCACCAUUUAGGCAACUUACUGAUGGUUUAAAAUGCCUUUUCUACGUACUAGGUAUUUCAGAUGAAUUGGUUUUUAAUCUUUCCUAUGUUUUACUGUAUCCUUAAAGCAGUUCAGCAGCUUAACAGGCAUGUGAUACAGAAUUGUUCUAAGAUAUGCAAUGUAUUGGGGUGAGAAGGUCUUGACACCAGUGUUCCUGUAAAAAGUGCCUUGAGAGCAGAAAAGCAGCAUAUAAAUAAAAAGGCGUACCAAUUUGAAACUUUAAACUGUACUGUUCUUAAUAGUGUGCUCUUACAGGCCUUGUAUUUCAGCAUGUACUUUUCAAGAAGAUAUUUGGACUCAAAUUGUUUAAGCUGUGCUGUGCAUUUGAACCUAGUUUUUGAUUACCUCCAGGUGCCUGCAGAUUUAUUAACAAGAUAAUCCUCACUGUGUUAACCUGAAUAGCUUUUCUAAUGUUUCAAUGUUAGCAAGACUGUGCUUUAGUUCAUUUCAGGGCCCUAGGUUCAUAUUCAGUUCCUUUGGUGGAUUUGCUUUGCUAUGGAAGCUUAUGACGAAGAAGCAAAUGUGUACGUAGGAGGCUUUUGAUACCCUUUUCUCUCCACUCCACCCCCCCCCCAACUGCAACACUAUCAAAUCAUUCCUGAAACCUGGAUUUUAGAGAGAGGUCUUUGAUGCAACACAGGUAAACAAGGAUUGUGAAGCUAGUUUUUAGUGGCAAGCAUAGCACAUGGAAAUGUUCCAAAAUGUAUAUAGAUGUACCAUGUUAACACUAAUAAUGCUACAGGAAUAAUACUGAAAGGCAAAUUCCAAAAAGAAUUCUGAAAUUAAAAAUAGAAUGACAGGUUAUGGGGGGGGGGGUUGAGGUGUUAAAUUACAAACUAUUUAAGCUGGGAGCAUAUGGUUUGGAUACUGUUAUAAUCAAAGUUAUGGUACUCUUCAAGACAUUUGGUUGACUUUUUAAUGUUGGGUUGCGAUCUUAAAACUUUAUAGCUUAAGCUAUGUAAAACUGAUCUGCUACAUUUUCAGUAGAAGCUGUUUCCUUUGUAAUUAUGAGAAUUCUAAGAUGGGUGGGGAGAAGAGAAGAUUUCAGCUUGCUGUGAUGGGAAGGACCAAACUCAAGGCAACCUCUGAUAUACAUAUAUAUAUAAAUAUAUAUAUACAAUUGCUGCAUUUUUAUAAAUAUGUGUAAAUGCCCUUCCUACUGUAAUAUUUUGAUCCUGGAAAUAAAGCAGACCUUUUCACUAA